AUGAAGAAACGUAUUUUGGAGUCAAAAAAGGUAGUUCCUGUUUCCUGUCUGGAAUGUCGCCGCCGGAAGAUCAAAUGUGAUCGGGGUAUAGUUUGUAAGAGUUGUGAACGCAAGAAGCUUAAGUGCGAGUACCCUGAGACAUUUAGAUCGAUCAAGAUUUCGCCACCCAAGCCAAAAAUUGUUGCAAUUCCUGAUCACGAUACUGGGUUGUCUGAGGUUGAUCGUCUUCGCAAGUCCAACCUUGCUCUGAGUAGUCGAGUCAAGCAGCUGGAGAGAAAGAUAGCGGCUACUCCAUAUUCUCCCAUCGCCAAUUACGUUACAGCCCCAUAUAUCGAAAAUGGUCACAUGACUAUGAUCGCAAACACCUCGGUGGAACUGCCGAAAUUAUUUGAGGAUCCCGCACUUAAUAACCAAUUGAUUAGUCAUCUUAUUGACUGUUACUUUGAAAUCAAUGAGGUGAGAUUCUUCGAUAUCAACAAGAAUGCCAUUAUUGACGGUAUCGAGACGCUGGAUACUACUUACGAGGGGCUUGAAUUAGUCAUGUUGGUGUGCUCGAUGAUGCUUUUUGUGCUCGACUACACCUUUGACUCGAAACGUCAGGAUAUUAUCGAUUUCGAUACCACAGUGGAAAGACCCCAGAUGGUCUCCACUCUGCUGGAUAAAUUCAGAGAGUACCGUGCACUCUGUAAGUAUUCCAGAGGAGAGGUUAAGAUGAAGGCUAUGUGUUUAGUGUUACAGAACAGAUUCGUGGAGCGCGACGAAUCUUUCUCGAUUACUGCAGAGGUUUUUUCAUCCUAUUCCGGAUGUGACCAUGUGGCUGCCAUUUUUGUCAAGUUCGAGCACCUGUAUCUGCUAAGGUCGCUGAUUUUGGACGAGCCUCCGGUGUUAUCGCCUGCUUGGGUUAACGUGAAGGAGACGAGCAAGUUUGAUCCAAAAGACCAUGUGGAGAAUUUAAACAUUAACCCUGCAACCGACCUUAUGGAUUUGAUUGUCAGAGUGAUUGAUUCCAAGUUGAAGCUGCGCAGAGACAACUUCCUCAUAAUGGAGCUUUUGUUCCGGAUCCAGAAGAAGGAGGCGGAGAUCCAGAACCUCCGUCAUGCCAGAAAGACAAACUUGGAACACUACGAGGAGAUCAACACUGUGUUAAGUUCCCAGAUGAAAGUUUUGUUUUUGUUGUAUUACUGCGCAUUGAAGAUCAGAUCUUUCCUGCCACCGUCCGACUACCAGCUUGAGUCGAUGGUCAAGAUCCUGAACCAUAUGAUCGAGCUGUCUGUGUGGUUCGAGUCCGAGCCGUCUGCAGACUGUGUUCCUGUUAGAAACUACGUGAUGCUCAUCAUGUGCGAUCUGUUGCAAAUGUUCAACGGUAUUCUUUACCACAAACAUGUCAACCCCAAGACAGUGGAGCUGAUUAUGAACAAGUUUGAAAAAGUGGCCUCGUACCAGACUUUUGACGCUGAGCUUUUGGAGAUUGUUUCCGACAAGGUGCAGAAACUGCUAGCCUACAGACAAACCAGCAAACACUCGAACUUCGUCUACCGAGACGAGGUUGUGAUAAUCGAGCGGUUUGCUAAGAGCAAGUACCAAGGUUCUCGGGCUAGAUCGGCCCAGACCGGAAAGGCAUCCGGAAAACCUAUCAAUUUUGUGUUGGACUUCUACGAAAACGACACCGUUGGGUACGAAAAGUUUAUUCCAGAUACUGUGGACGAAGUGCUUGGAGCAGUUGACGAUCAGGACACGAUGGAUGACCAAGAUGAGCGCGAGGAUCGCGAUGAUCCUGUUGACCAGAUGGGGUCUCCGACAUCACUGGCUGAUGCCUCCAACUUUGUCGAGCCAAUGACCAAAGAUUUUGCAACCAUUAUGGGCGCGGAUUAUAACUAUCCUGACUUGUGGCUGUCGUCGUCGGGCGAUUUGGCCACCAAGUCCUUUGAGGUCACCGAUAUUGGAGCGUUGUCGUCGACAUCCAACAAGAGCACCAGUUUCUACGCGACGGACCAGGACGCUGCCAACUUUGGCGACUCCAUGAUCAAAUCGAGCAUGGAGCUGAACGGAUAUGGUUACAAUCAAUUUAUGGACGUGGACGGGUUCCCGGAAGAGCUGGAGGCUUGCUGCUUACCGUCGGCUCCUCUGGAGACAGCAGUGGAAACCUCCUCCGACACAGUUGGAGCAGGCAACGGCAAAGACCCAUUAAAGUUGGACCUGUACUCUGGGGCACCCAGCUGCUUUAUAGGAGACGACAGCUCGUGCUUGAUUGUCGGAUUAGUGGUUGUCGAUGUGCCUGACGUCGAAGCAGAUGGGUCAGUGGUCUGUAUACUGGGUUUUGGUAAAUUGGAAGCCGCAGGGACAAAGUUAAGGGCCUCGUGUGGUUCUGGUUGCAAUGGAGGAGCAGCAGCAAGCUUCUGCUCGUAG